AUGGGUGAUUCACGCCACUCAAGCAGUCGACGAGCCUCGUCCGUACACCGUGAAGAUCUAGAGGCGACGGCACCUAACUUCCUUGAUCGUACAGGAUCGCAGGAGUUCAGCGUUGUUGAGAGUGUGGCCGUCCAGGAAGUAUCGACCGAAGACGAGACCCCGGAUGUGGCCCCGACAACAUGGUCCAGAUCGGUGAGGUAUCUGGUCUUGCUUUGUGCCUUCUUGACCAGCCUGAGCUUCGGAGUAACACAGGUGCCGCUGUUAUAUGUCUUCAGGCUCAUGACUUGUGAUGCGUAUUACAAAGACCAUCCCUCGGGACUGUUGCACGGAGUUGAGCGAUCGCCCACGGCAGGGACCUGGACAUCGAUCCUCUCUGCCGCAAUGGUUCCAUCAGGCUAUUCCACCCGUCUAAACACCGGAGACGGCACUGACCGGUGUUCUAUCCACCCAAUUGAAAGCGCAACAGCACUAUCGGUGUCCUUACUGGGAGCCAGCACCACCGUUUUUGGCACAUUGAACCUCUUUCUGACAGGCACCUUGAUCAAACGCAUUGGUGUCAAACCAACAUUGCUCACUCAGGUGUUCUUUCCUGCCCUCAGACUAAUCAUACAAAUUGUGGGCGUCGAGGUCUGGGGCACCACUGGCAUAAUCAUCAUCCAAUGUUCGCAGAUCGUUACCAUUGUGGGUGGGCCGAGUGGCUAUAUGCUAGCGCUGAACACCUUUAUCACCGACGUCGUGGAACAUGAAGGCCGGACAGCCGCGCUGGGGAGACUGACCGGGAGCAUGAUGUUCGGCUCUGCGUUGGGAUUCUUGUUGGGUGGCGUGGUGGCUGAAGCGUUUGAUAUUAAAGCCCCCUUCCGUUUGACCUUGAUGCUCUUUUUGACCUCUAGUGCCUACGUCUUUGCCUUCUUGCCACACAUCCCGCCCCAGCCCAAAGACAUCGACGCGGACCCGACCAAGGCCAGAAAAACAAAGAUGACCUCGGCCUUCACCAAGUUCUUUGGCCCUUUGAUGGUGUUUGCGCCCCGAAAGUUCAUUACAAGGGAUGGCAUUGUCAGGACCGAGUACGGUGCAUUCCUGCUUGCAUGGGGAGUCUUUCUCGGAAUUCUAGCCACAGGAUAUCUGCCCACUUUGCUACAGCUGUAUUCAACCGACGUCUUUGAUUUUGGCACCCAGCAGAACGGUGGCCUCAUUUUCAUGUACUCCAUGUUGAGGGGCGUAUUCUUGACAUUUGCAUUUCCGAAAUUUAUUGCCCUCGGCAGGAGAUGGACAAUGAAGAGAGAGCAGCAGGAUCUGGCAGAUACCCAAGAGUCCAGGUCGUCAGAGCGCGCUCCUCUCUUGAGAGACACCCGACAGCAAGCGGGAAACGGCACGCACAGUCCAAAAGACAAAGAAACCCCAAAGGAGCAAACAUUUGCGUUUGAUUUGACGUACACGAGAUUUUCGCUGGUUGCUGAUGGACUUCUGACACUGCUUUGCUCCUUCGUUCGCGAAGGUUGGCAAAUGUACCUUGUUGCAGUUGUUCUACCUUUUGCUGCUGGAACUGGCUCGGCCGCAAAAGGGACAGUCCUUCAAAUGGUGGGAAGCUCUGCUACCAGCAGUGAGCGGACUGAUGCUCUCGCCGGGGUAUCGCUGGUCGAAAACAUGGCUCGACUGUCGACAACGUUUGUCUUUGGUGUUAUUUUUGCCGCGUUUGCCAGCAUUGGAAGGACAGAGCUUGUUUUCACGUGCAACGCGGCUGUCGCGUUGAUAGGUUUUGGAGUUUUGCUUCUGUGGGACUUUCUCGAGCACCGAAUUUCGGAGAGAAAUCGAACACGAUACCGCGAAUUCCCCUUGCCCCGUUCCGAAGAGCGUGCUUAUAGUCCUUCCGACGUUAGCAUCAUCGUGCCCACCGUCGACACAGAUCCGGCAUUCUCUGAUAGCCUCGGCGUCCUCCUCAGGAAUGAACCACUCGAGAUAAUCAUCAUUACUACAGAAGAGGAGGCAGACAGGGUCCGCGCACUGAUUCACGCCGCAUCUGUAGACGCCAACAUGGGACAGACCGAGCUCCGCAUCCUUACCGUCUCCAAAGCGAACAAACGAGAUCAGCUGCUCCGAGGCAUCAACGAGAAUUGGAAGGAUCUGAGCCCAUAUCCCACGGUCGACGGCCCCUUGGAAAAGUUGGACAUCCGGAAGAGAAAAGCCAAUGCCGACCUCGAAAGACGACAAGGGAAAUCCCCAAAACGCCGAGCUCCUCCUGAUCCGGUGACGCCGGAAAAGGCCCCGCCCGUGAACGCCCCUUCUGCGGUGGUCCCCAAAACUCUCAACGAUCCAGAAUCAACUAGCUCAGAAAGUGACACCGAGAGUGACGAGGAGGAGGACGAGGAGGAGGACGACGAAGACGACGCGAUGGAGGAUGUGGUGGUCGAAGCUAGGAAGAAGGCCCCGCGCACCAAAGCCACGGCCGAGGACAAGGACCCGAAACCUACCACACCUAAGAGCUCCAAGAAGGCGAAAGGGUCGACCCAGGCCGACAUAGAAUCACAGAAAGAGACAGCCAGCACAGAAGACCCACCUGUGGUGGCGAGCGACGACGAGACAGCACCCCCAGACGACGCGGAAGGGGACGCCGAUGACGAGGGAGAAGAAGAGGCGACGGAAGAGGCGAAAGGGAAGAAGACAAAGUCCGGCAAGGCGCAGGAAGAUAUUGGACUUGUUGGGGGCCCAAUAACCUGA